GUUCGCCUUCAUCGGAAGAUUUCAUGGUGUCAUCAAAUGAAUUGGUUUCAGUUGAUAUUGUUAAUGAGACUGCAAUUAUUGAAGGCGCAAGUUCAGAGUAUUGAGUAUUCAUUCCUUCAACCAUUUGUUUUGUUCCAUUGUUUUUAAUCGAGCUAGCGAGCAAGGGUAUCUUUUUCCUAUACCUCUCCAGUUUGAAGUCUACCGUUCUGAUUGUCUUCAAGCCAAAAUUGAUUGAUUUGUCAAGAUGAUGAUGAUGAAAUCCAACUCCAUCCCAGCAUUGCUGCUGGUACUUUCUGUGCUCUUUAUUGGCCACACAGACGCCAUGAGCCAUAGAGGUUUUGCGGGUGCUCCUAUUGCCUAUCCAAGUUUCGGUGGGUCCCCUCUGGUGCGAUCUGCUCACAGAAGAAGUACCCGAAGAAGUGCAGCAGCAUCCUCCUCCACAGCACCACAAAGACCCACUGGAUUGGAUUUUUUGGAACCUGAUGAAGUGCAGCUGUGUUCGGCCAAAGACUUGGGAAUCAAGCUACUCAAAGGUGCCUUUCUUCGGGUGGCAUCCGAUCUUUCGGGUGGUACUCCUCUGGAAUCCAUCAAAUGUCGUGUCACAACCACAAUGGAUGGUCCCGUUGCUGCAACACGCAAUAUUAUCAAGGAAGGUGGAUUCUUUGCUCUCUGGUCGGGAACUCCCUCCAGAACUGUAGAAGGUGCACUCUUGGGCGCCGUCUUUAUCUUGGGUUCUUCCUUUACCAAGACGCGUUGCAAGGCAUUGGGUGCCGGUCCCCUUGUCUGUUCGUUGGCAGGAGGUCUCGUGGGUGGCGUUGCCCAGUCCGUUGUCAUGACACCGGCUGGAAUGAUCUUUACCAGUCUAAAUGUCAAUGCCGGACGCAAGGGAUAUGAAAACGACAAUGCCAUUACCGUCACCAAACGCAUCUUGAAGGAAAAGGGGUUGGUUGGCAUGUACUGUGGCGUCCAACCCAUGAUGUUACGACAAGCCACCAAUUGGGCCUCCAGGGCCGGAUUUACCGAAAUUUGCCGUACCACACUGAAUAUGGGACAAUAUGGUGUCAUGGGAGAAAUUGCCUCGGGUGCCAUUGGUGGUAUUGGAUCCUGUUGGAAUACGCCUAUUGAAACAAUUCGUGUCUUGAUUGCCAAGGAUGUCAGUAUGGGCGUCCCCGCCAAGAGUUUUGGACAGUACUGGUCCGAUAUGGUAGAAGAACAAGGAUAUCAAGGACUCUUUCGCGGUGUCACACCACGAGGUAUUCAGGCCAUUUGGCAAACAGUCUUUAUGGUGGUGGUCCCCAACAUGAUGGGACUCUAGCUAGACAGGAAGAAGACAGGACAUCUGAUGGUCUCGUUUUUUGCCUUUAUUUCAUAUUGAAUGUCAGUUUUUCUAU